CGUUUGGUGCGUUCAAAGGUUUCUUAAAAACGAAGCACGUUAACGCCUGUUGAAAUCGAAACAAGAACUCUGAAACUGGGGAAAGGCUGGGUUAUUUUUAUCAACACAGCGGACGAAAAGUGUUUUGUUUAACGAAAAGAAGUACAUCUAAUACUGAUUAACCAGUGGGCUCCCGUCUGCUUUUAUUUCCUGAAAAAGCACACCUCCUUUGUUCUGAGUUACCUCGGGUGAGCUUGCAUAACUAUUCCUGCUGAGACUUUGGCUUGACAAGUUACUGCCUCCUCAAAAUACAUUAUCUACUCAAGACAAGGCAAGAUGAAUUUGGAGGAAUACUUCAAAAGAAUCGGUUUCCAUGGCUCAUUUGAAAAGCCAGAUCUUGCAACACUGAACUUGAUCCACAAACAACACACCAUGUCGGUGCCAUUUGAAAACCUCGACAUUCACUGUGGUGAGAGGAUCGUCUUGGACCUGGAGGUUAUCUUUGAAAAGAUAGUGAGGAACGACCGUGGGGGUUGGUGCAUGGAGAACAACUUCCUGUUUGGCUGGGUGCUGAGAGAAAUGGGCUAUGAAACUUUCACCUGUGGCUCCAGAGUUUUCAACAAUGUCCUCAAUGACUUUCAGACGAUUGAAUCUCAUCUCAUCCACAUUGUCUCUAUCAUGGGAAAGAGGUAUUUAGCAGAUGUAAGCUUUGGGGUGUCUUCCCAAAUAUGGGAGCCCCUGGAGCUUGUUUCUGGGAAGGACCAACCUCAACCACCGGGUGUGUUUUGUCUUAAAGAAAAGGGGGGUUUUUGGGUGCUAGAGAAGACUGCUAGAAAGCCAGAGGUUCUCAAUCCGGCCUUUGCUAAAUCAAAUCUGGUAAACAAGAAGGAUGUGCAUCUGAUCUAUGGCUUUGAACUGGUGCCUCGUGACAUAGAUACUUUCUUUGAGGCCAACAACAGUCUCCAGACAAACCCUGAUUCAUUGUUCACCAAUAAAUCCAUAUGCUCUUUGCAAACUCCAACAGGACUCAGAGUCCUUGUUGGUUGGACGUACAGUGAGGUCACCUUCAAACCUGAGAAAGGUGUUGAUAUCUUUAACAUGAGAGACAUAACAGAUGACGAGAUUGAGCCAAUUCUUAAGCAAAAGUUCAACAUAAAACUGCUGAACAGACUGCAGCCUGCUAACAAAAAGGCAUCCUACACACUCUGAAAAUAAUCUCUGAUAAUGAGUAGAGACAUACAAAUAAACACCUCCCAAUAUGUAUCAUGCCAUUUCAAUAAUAGAAUCCAUUUUGUUUGCAAAUUAAGAGUUGGGAGGUAAGCAAGUAUGUUUUACUCAGAGUCCAAGAUGAACAAAGAGCAAGGAUUUCAAAAUGUAGUCUGACUUUCACUGGAUGCCAAGUUAGAAAAAAUAAGAUGGCUGUAAUACGAUUGGACUUGCUGGACCUAAUUAACAAUGUUGCAGCUGCAUUUUUAAUCAUUUGUAAACUGUUGAGGGAGGACUUCUUGAGGCAGGUGAAAAGAGAAUUGCAGUAGUCAAGCCAGGAAGGCACAAAAGCAUGUAAUGAGAAUCUCUAUCACAGCUCAGCAGACAACAAAUUGCAAAAAAAACAAUCAAGUUUAUUUUGUUCAUCAAACAAAAAAUCAGUCUUAAUUUUAAUAUUGUUAGUGACGUGCAAUGAUAAAAAUGUAGAAUAGAAUAGAAUUACUUUAUUGAUCCCAAACUGGGAAGUUGUGGAAAUUUUAAUUAAGUAAUUUUAACUAACAUUUUUAUGAACUAUUACAUAAUGUUGUUUAAUGAACCAUUACCUUAAAGGGAUACUUCAGCCGUUGAAACAUGAAUCUGUAUUGACAUUGGGUCAUAUAUGUAGUAGAAUUGUGAAAUACAUUUUGAAGUUGGUGCCUUCUUGGCAGAGAAUAGGCAGAAAUUGUCUUUUUGGCUCAUGUGGAUGAAAGACACCAAAUCCCAGAAUGCACAGCACCGCAGGCCACUCCCACUAAGGUCCUCUAGUUCAGAAUCAGAAAUACUUUAUUAAUCCCUGAGGGAAAUUCGAUCGUUACAGUUUCUCCAAAAUAUACAAUAUAGCAGUAGAAAUAUAUAUAAAAACAUUUACAGACAUAUUUACUUCAACACAUGACACCAUUUCUUCAACAGAGUCCGAGAUUUCUUCCAGAAUUGAUUCAAUUGAUUGAUUGAUGGAAAUUCCUGGCAGAAAACAGACUCUAUGUCUGUGUCCAUACAGACAGUGAGAGCACCGAGACUACCAGUCCGCCCCAGCUCGAGCCGGCCCGGGCUCCUCGUCCUCUCCGUCGCCGACAGGCAGGCUUUAUGUCUCGGCUGAUGAGCUGGCAAGCUAUAUAGCCGCGAGACGGUUGCUGCCGACAGGCCGGUCUUGUGUCGCGGCGGCCCCGACGAUCAGUGCUAGUGGCCCCGGCGAUCAGCGCCAGCGGCCCCCGUGGCCAGCUGCCGCAGCAGCCACAUCACAAGACCAGCCUUUCGGCAGCAGCCAUCUCGCCGCUAUAUUUAUAUUUUUUCGCCAUUAUCAGCUUUCUCCAUAGAGCCUGUUAGCGUAGCUUCCAAGCAAUAGAGUCAUAUGGCGGACGUUUCGAUUCUGGGAGUGAGUUCCCACCCACUGAUCUGUGAUUGGUCUGUAGCUUCAGUGGUCGAAAAUAUGAGGAACUAGCGAUGUAGUUUCACCCCGCUAACCGCAACAGCUUCCAGUGACGCAAUAUGACGAUAUUUGCGUCACUGGAAGCUUCUUUUCAGACUUAGAAAUACAGAACUUUCCAGUCUCUGGGAAAAAUGAGACCGGGAUGCACGACCAUUCAAAAAUACUACCAGUUUACUACUGAUACAAUGCUUAAUGCAAAGGGGUGAAGUAUCCCUUUAAAAUGACUAACCAUUAUUUGACAUAUCAAAUAUUCAUGUGAUUAAUUUAAGUAAAUAGCCUAUGGUUAUAAUCAAUCUGUAUCGGAUAAUCAUAAAUAAAUGUAUCCGCAAUAAAGAUAAAUGUGUUUAA